AGGCGAGAAUGCUUCUUAUGCUUCCCAGAGGGCAGAACGCUUUGCUUUUCUCGUGAAUAAUGCUGAAUAGAUUCUGAAGUGGUAUGCAGUGUAUAUUUGCCGACGAUUUCAAAUUCUCAAUCCAACGACAAAUGCUUCACUUACUCACUGUUGGUCCCAAUUUGAAGUAGAGUAAGAUCCAUCUCGUCCAUCGCAAUACAACCGUUUUCGGAGCCCUUGGUCGAGCACUGCUAUUGGCGUAGUUUCUACGUGUUCGUGAUACUCACAAUGCUGCUUAUGGUUAUAGCCAAAAUCGUUACCUGCGCUACAUAUGUACGCAUUACCCGAAUAUGACCAUCAAUGCUUCAACACCCACCAGUGCCCACUCCAACUGUCCACGGGAGACGAAUACUCGUGUUUUCCCUAGUGAUUUGGUAUCCGCAUGUUUCGCCACAUACUAGGCUGUCCGGUUGCUCUGUGCCUCGAACGGUAUAAAAGCAAAGGUUUUUACAAGACAUCGACAUCUCUCAACCACAGACAUGAAAUCUUUGCAUCUUUUACUACCUUUGCUACCCCUCGCCUUGGCUGCCACUCUCGGGAAACGGGCCAACCCGCAGGGCAUAGAUGUUUCUCACUUCCAACCGAAUGUCGACUGGGCGAAGGUCAAAGCGAACGGGAUUUCAUUCGCUUUUAUGAAAGCGACCGACGGAACUACGUUCAAGGACCCCUCGUUUUCGUCUCAUUUCACUGAUGCCACCAAUGCUGGCCUUAUUCGUGGAGCAUAUCACUUUGGCCGUCCAGAUGCAAGCUCAGGAGCUGCGCAAGCAAAUUUCUUUUUGGCUAAUGGGGGUGAAUGGUCCGGUGAUGGAAUCACUUUCCCUGGUGUAUUGGACAUUGAGUUUAAUCCAAAUGGCGCCAAUUGUUACGGUCUGAGUCCCGCUGCCAUGGUCAGUUGGAUCAAGGAUUUUUCAGAUACGUACCACGCAAAGACCACUAGGUUCCCGAUCAUCUACACAAACACGAACUGGUGGAAAGAAUGCACCGGCAAUAGCGCAGCAUUCGCUUCAAAUCCACUUUGGAUUGCUCGCUUCACGACUGCCGCUAGCCCUGGUGAAUUGCCGGCGGGUUGGCCAACCUUCACUUUCUGGCAAUUUGCGGAUCAUGGUUCCAAUCCUGGCGAUGCGGACAAUUUUAACGGUGACCUUGCAGCGCUCAAAAAGAUCGCUACUGGAUAG